AUGGCGAUCUCAGCUCCGCCGCUGCUUCUCCUCCUCCUCUCCCUUCUGGCAGUCACCUCCUCCGCCCGCCCCUGCAGAACUUUUUUCUACUUCUCCGCCACAACCACGACGAUCUCCACCACCUAUUAUCCCCACCACUCCCUCCCGGCAAACCCUAACCCCAAUUCCGCCCAAAAUCCCCACUAUGUCGCCUUCAUAUUCACCACCACCCACAAACCCUUCUCUUCCCACCGCCCAUCACUCAAUUUCAAUUCCGAUUCUCACUCGUCUCCAGCGAUGACGUCAUCAUCAUCCGGUUUCCCCCUCAAUUUCUAUUCCACCGUUUCCAGCUCCAUUCGCGACCGCACCAAGGAUAUCUUGAGCGUGGUCGGCGCUCUUCUAUUCGGAGUCGGCUGCGGGGCUCUCACCGGAGCCCUGAUGUACUUCCUGUGGGCCCUCUUCGCCCCCGGCCGCUUCGAUUUCAACGAUCUCUCUGAUGAGGAGGAGGAGGAGGACGACGUCGCCGCUGCGAAGAAGAAAUUGGGGUACGUUGCGAUCCCUGCGAUGGCCGACGACGUCAAGAAUCAUGCGCCGCCUGCUAAGGAGGUGGUUUGA